AAUCUUUUACUCUGAGGAAUUCUGCCAUUCGCAGUCACUUUGUCGCUCCUUUUUUUUGGACAAGACACCAGCUUUUUUUUAUUUUAAAAAAACGAAAGGCACGCCAGGAAAGAGCGUGGGUGACUACUAGAAAGUUAAAGCUGAAGAAAAAACUAAGAAUCUACAAAGCUACGUUACGUUAGGACAUGGACCUUCGUCUUUCACUCCUCUUCAUCUGUCUCUACAACCAAGGAGUGAUUAAUGCUCAGGUGUCAGAAGAUGAGUCAACCCCAUCGGUGCCUCUUGUUCCUUUAAUACCCAGCCAGCCCAAAGAGAAAAACGAAACCACACCGCAGUCAGACGUCACAAGUACCACAAGUCCACCUUUAUUGAUGACGAGCCCACCUGAGGAAAACUCGGAGGAGGAGGACGAAGGUUGCGCAAGCAUCGGCCGCAGUCCGGAAUCCACGGAGGCCAUUGCGGCCUCCGUCCAGAAACUGGGUCUCCAACUGCUGCGGCAUCUGAACACCACGCCGGAGAAGCCCAAUGUCAUCAUAUCGCCUCUGAGCAUCUCUCUAGCACUCUCCCAACUCGCUCUAGGUGCCGUCAAUGAGACGGAGGAGCUGCUCAUGCACCAUCUCCAUGACAACACUCUCACCUGCUACCACCAUUCUCUGAAUCACAUCUUAGCGCAGCUUCGAAACAGCGACCUGAAAAUUGCCACUCGCAUCUUCUUGCGUCAAGGGUUCAAGCCAAAGGAAGACUUCCUCAAUGAAUCCAAGCGGUUGUACGACUCAGAACCGGCAGUUUUGGAGAACGUGAAAGACGUCAACGACUGGGUGGAGAACGCCACCAAUGGGAAGAUGACGAACUUUCUGUCCGCACUUCCACCCAACUUUCUACUCAUGCUCAUCAAUGCUGUGCAUUUUAAAGGCGAGUGGGAAGCUCGCUUCGACCCCGCUUCAACCAACAAGGGUGCGUUCUACCUCGAUGCCAAGCACAUGGUUGAAGUUGACAUGAUGGAAGAUGCUAAACAUCCUUUACGUCUACUUACUGACAGCGAACUGGAGGCUCAGGUAGCGAGCUUCCCAUUCGUGAAGGGUCUGAGCUUCUUAGUGGUCAUGCCCAUGUCCGGCCACGUCAACGUGUCCUCGCUGGCCGCCAAGCUGAACAUUUCCAGCCUUUACGAGCGUCUGUCCAAAGAAAGAGUGGUGCAAGUCAAAUUCCCCAAGUUCAAGCUGGAGUACGCUCAAGGGCUGCAGGAGGUUCUCACCAAGCUGGGCCUGGGCCAGAUCUUCGCCAGUCCCAAUUUGGCCGACAUGGCGGACGGCCCCCUGCUGGUGUCCAGCGUUCUCCACAAGUGCAACAUGGAGCUCAGCGAGGAGGGAGCGGAGGCGGCCGCCGCCACCACCAUCGUCAUUUCCCGGGCGUCCCAACCGGUUUUCAACCUGAACCACCCCUUCCUCUUUGCCCUGGUGGACCAUAAGACUAAGGUACCGGUCUUUAUGGGCGUCAUCAACAACCCCAAUCCCGGAGCUCCCAUCUUGCAGAGAGAGGAACCGGGCAGAAAAGAGAAAGGGGGCUUGCCAAGUGAUAAGAGUGAAAUGGGUCCCCCCAAGUAGGGACUCUGGUCACAGCAGAACAAUUGAUUGCACAGAAGAAGUGUACACGGCCAUUGGGGUUGAUUAAAAUGUGUCAAAGAAA